UAUUUAUUUAUUUAUUUAUUUUAUCCACAUUUUAAUCCGAUCUUUCCUCCGACCCCCCCCUCCCCCCCUCCCGUCAUGUCCACCCCCGCCCGCCGGAGACUCAUGAGGGACUUCAAAAGACUCCAGGAGGAUCCUCCAGCCGGUGUGAGUGGAGCCCCAUCAGAGAACAACAUCAUGAUGUGGAACGCCGUCAUAUUCGGUCCCGAGGGAACGCCGUUUGAAGAUGGAACGUUUAAACUGACGGUGGAGUUCACAGAGGAAUACCCCAACAAACCUCCAACCGUCAGAUUCGUCUCCAAGAUGUUCCACCCCAACGUGUAUGCAGACGGGAGUAUUUGUCUGGACAUCCUCCAGAAUCGUUGGAGCCCGACGUAUGACGUGUCGUCCAUCCUCACCUCCAUCCAGUCUCUCCUGGACGAGCCAAACCCGAACAGUCCAGCCAACAGCCAGGCGGCGCAGCUGUACCAGGAGAACAAGCGCGAGUACGAGAAGCGGGUGUCGGCCAUCGUCGAGCAGAGCUGGAGGGGCAGCUGACCUCACACACUUCUGGAUUUAAAAAAAAAAACUAAUUUUAUGCACUUUACUUAACAUACAGGAUGGUGGUUCUGUUUCUGCUGCACGAUCCAGUGAGAAAAACACACACACACACGAGUCCCUGAAUAUACACUCUUGAGCUCAAAAUAUAGUGAAAAUAUACAUGUUGGUAUUUCAGAGAGAUGUCUAAUUAUAUAGAAAUAUAUUUACACACUAUGGUUUUCAUUUUCCUAUUCUUUGGUAUUUUGUGCAUAAAUAAUGUGUGUGUGUGAGAGAGAGAGAAAGAGCUUGUAUAUAAGACACAUGAUGGAUUAUAUAUGUACAGAUUUUGCACUGGUUGUAAUUUUUUUCCAGCACGUGUAAAUAACCGAAAUAAACAGUUAUGCUGAGAACCCAA